CGCGGGGCGUUCGUGAGCGAGCCGGCCAUCCUGGUGAAGCGCAAGCAGCGCAACAGCCAGAUCUGGUCUGUGGAGAAGCUGGAGAACAAGGUCAUCGACAUGCGCGAGAUGUACGAGGAGCGCAAGGCGUCGGGCGGACCCAUGAUGGUAGAGGAGUCCUUCACGGACCAGCUAGACGCUUCCCUCAUUGCUGGGGACCUGGGCCCCCCCAUGGUGGGCGACCCAUUCUACGAGUCCCAGGAGAACCACAACCUGAUCGGCGUGGCCAACAUCUUCCUGGAGUGUCUCUUCCACGACGUCAAGCUGGACUACCACGUGCCCAUCAUCAGCCAGCAGGGAGAGGUGGCUGGCAAACUUCACAUUGAGAUCUCGAAGGUAGGCGGGGCCAUACUUGACCGCUAUGUGGACAUGGCAGCCGACAACGAUGAGGAGAACGCUGUACCCAUGGGAGCCCCUUUGCUGAUAAGGGUGUGUAUCAAGGAGGCCCGCGGUCUGCCCCUGGCCCUGUCCAACUUCGUGUUCUGCCAGUACUCCUUCUGGGGAGAGUCGGAGCAGUGUGCGGUAGCUCCGCAGAUCCACCCGGAUACCGUCGUCCACCCGGACAGCCACACCGUCAACUUUGUCUUCAGCCAUGAGAAGGUGUUCCGUGUCCCCAUCACAGAAGAGUUCAUCGAGCACUGCUCGGAGGGGGCGCUGUCCAUCGAGGUGUGGGGCCACCGCAGCCAGGGCUUUGGCAAGGACGUGGUCAUGAGCGACGCCGCACAGGCUAAGUCACGCUCCGUGGCAGACAG